GCUUCAGCUCCUAGGAUGGCAGACAAGCUUCCCACAGAGUUUGAUGUGAUUAUAAUAGGGACAGGUUUGCCUGAGUCCAUCCUGGCAGCUGCAUGUUCAAGAAGUGGACAGAGAGUUCUUCAUGUUGACUCAAGGAGUUACUAUGGAGGGAACUGGGCGAGUUUCAGCUUUACAGGUUUGCUGUCCUGGUUGAAGGACUAUCAACAGAACCAUGACAGAACAGAGGAAGGUAUGACUGCCUCAUGGCAAGACCUGAUUCAUGAAACAGAAGAAGCCAUUGCUCUUUGCAAGAAGGAUGAAACUAUUCAGCACACAGAAGUCUUCUGUUAUGCUAGUCAAGAUGUGGAAGACAGCAUGCAAGAGGCUGAUGUUCUUCAGAAAAGCCCCUCCCCAGAGGCAUCUGCUACUCUGGCUGACUCUCUGGAUUCUGCAAGCUUACCCAAAGAAAGGCACUCAGCACACUGUACAAGCUAUGAGGAGCCUUCUAGACAUACAGAGGGAAGUGAUAGAGAGCUUUCACUACCCUCAACUGAUGCAGAGGACUCACUGGAGAAAGAAAAGUACUGUGGAGAUGAAACUGGUAUGCACACAGUUUCAGAUGGAGAUAAAGGUGAACACAAACUUGUAGAAGACAGCACUGAACAACCAAAGAGAAAUAAGAUUACUUACUCUCAAAUGGUUAAGGAGAGCCGGAGAUUUAAUAUUGACUUGGUAUCAAAGCUGCUGUAUUCUCAAGGGUCACUGAUUGAUCUUCUAAUCAAAUCGAAUGUUAGUCGUUAUGCAGAAUUUAAGACUGUCACUAGGAUCCUUGCAUUUCGGGAAGGGAAGAUAGAACAGGUGCCUUGCUCCAGAGCCGAUGUCUUUAACAGUAAAGAGCUCACUAUGGUUGAAAAGAGAAUGCUAAUGAAGUUUCUUACAUUCUGUUUAGACUAUGAACAACAUUCUGAUGAAUACCAAGACUUCAAACAGUGUUCAUUUUCUGACUACUUAAAAACUAAAAAACUAACACCCAACCUCCAGCAUUUCAUACUGCACUCAAUUGCAAUGACAUCAGAAUCAUCCUGCACUACAUUAGAUGGGCUUCAAGCAACAAAAAACUUCCUUCAGUGUCUUGGACGGUUUGGCAACACUCCCUUUAUAUUUCCUUUGUAUGGCCAAGGAGAAAUUCCCCAGUGUUUCUGCAGGAUGUGUGCAGUUUUUGGUGGAAUCUAUUGUCUUCGCCAUAAAGUACAAUGCCUUGUAGUUGACAAAGACUCUGGAAGAUGUAAAGGAAUCAUAGAUGACUUUGGUCAGAGAAUAAGUGCCAACUACUUUAUUGUGGAAGACAGUUAUCUUUCUAAGGAGACGUGUUCAAAUGUGCAAUAUAAGCAGAUCUCAAGGGCAGUGCUCAUCACAGAUCAGUCCAUUCUGAAGUCGGAUUCAGACCAGCAGAUUUCCAUUUUGGUAGUGCCUCCUCUGGAGCCAGGAACCGCUUCUGUUCGGGUCAUGGAAUUAUGUUCAUCAACCAUGACAUGUAUGAAGGACAGCUAUCUGGUCCACCUGACCUGUUUCUCUUCAAAAACAGCCAAAGAAGACUUGGAACCUGUGGUGAAGCAGUUAUUCAUUCCUUUUGCAGAAACAGAAGCAGAAACAGACAAAGAAGAACUCAGAAAACCAAGACUCUUGUGGGCUUUGUAUUUUAAUAUGAGAGACUCCUCGGGAGUGAGCCGAAGCUCAUACUGUGGCUUACCUUCCAAUGUGUACAUCUGCUCUGGGCCUGACUGUGGACUGGGGAAUGAGCACGCAGUCAAGCAAGCGGAAACACUGUUCCAGGAGAUGUUUCCCAGUGAAGAGUUCUGCCCUCCUCCACCAAACCCUGAAGACAUUAUCUUUGAAGCUGAGGGCUAGCAACCAGGUACUCCUAGAGUUAGUAAUACACUUACCACUAAGCUAGCCACCCCAAGGACAUCAAGAACUUUUAAAACUUAGAACACCUUCAAAAACAAAAACAAACACUGGAAAUGCUUCAUCCUGGCCUCAAAACAUUGUCAUAUGAAAGAAUGAGCAGCAGUAACUGUAAGAAGCACUGUUCACGUGUCUUCAACACUGAGAUACUGGGUACUGCUAACCUUUCAGCAACUGAUUUGUUGGUGACUUGGCUCUUUCGUUUCAGAAUUGGCUCCAGGAAUUCAGAAUCUUUGAAUGCUGUUCACUUUCAUUUUACUUCUGGGUCCCUCGUUAGCACCUUUGCUUACUUAAG